CCGUCGCCUCCUUCGCCGCCGCCAUGAUAGAUUCCGUUGUGUGUGACCGAGUCCCGCUCUCUACAGUUUCCUGAAGAAAACUCCGUUUCUCCGCGACGUCAAAAGCGUAAUAUAUCAGCGACGAGUUCCAAACGAGCGAGGAACGCGUAAAAAUGAAAACGUACAGUAGGAAAAAAGGUGAUAGCUCGAGCAAUGUAAUAAUUCAUGUGAACGAGCUGUGCCGACUGUGCUUGGCAAAGGAGGAGGAGAUGGUGCCGAUUUUCGUCGACGAAACAGUCCCUUUAUCUCUUCGAAUAAUGGCCUGCAUUAAUUUAGAGGUUUACGAAGAAGAUGGUCUCCCAAAUAUGAUUUGUCAUCCAUGCAAGUACCAGUUAGAAAAAUCUUAUCAGUUUAAGAAGAAAUGCGAAGCUGCAGAUGCUAAGCUUCGAAAGCACAUGAAAUUAAUACAGCAAUUAACUGGUCAAGAUGGUGAAGGAGAAAAUCAGGACAAUAACAGAGAAGAAUUGAAGGAUUCAUCCAAUACUGGGAAAUCUAAACAAGUUAAACAACUAUUGGCUGACUUGGUAUCAAUUAAAGAUGACAGUAGACAGACAGAUGGGGACCCAAUUGAAGUUACAGAGGCAGAACUUGUUGGUGGUUAUAUUUUAGGGAUGAAUUCUGAAAACGUGGAAAUGGAAGAAACUUUAUCGGUAGAUCCAGCAAACAUAACGCUAGUACCAGCUGAAGAACGUACUGCCAAAGCACGUUGCACAAUACGAACAUCGCGUAUUAAACAAGAACAAGAUACCGAUGAUGAAGCAGACGAGGUACAUAGAGCAAUUGCGAACGCUGAUUUAAAAAAUGUUUAUAUGAUGGAACUUAAAAGCAAUAGCACUGGUCAAGGAGAAUCAUUGAAGUUGCAACCAAUGGCUGAUACUAUAGUUGAAGCUAACGAAGAGUUAAAGGUAUUUCAAUGCGAUAAAUGUCCGAAAGCGUUUACCCGAAGAAUAAUGUUGAAAAGUCAUCAAUCAGUUCACUCAACGCAAAGAGGCUUUACAUGUCAAGCUUGUGAAAAAUGGUUCCCCACAAGAUCAGCUUUAGUCAGACACGAACGUACUCAUACAGGUGAAAAACCAUUUGGUUGCAAUAUUUGUCAUCGCGCAUUUGCGCAAAAAGAAAUUUUACUUCGUCAUCUAAUGACUCAUUCUGGUCAAAAACCAUUCCAAUGUCAACAUUGUGAAAAGAGUUUUACUCAACGCGAGGCUUUGAAAGUACAUAUGCGAAGACAUCAGAAAUUAGACCCCAAUGAUAUCCAAUUGCAUCAUUGUCAACUUUGUCCCAAAGCAUUUUGUCAUGCGUCUGGGCUCAGUAGACAUUUGGUUACACAUACUGGAAGAACGUACAAGUGCGUGGAAUGUGAAAAAUCUUUUACCGAUAAAAGUUCGCUCUUAAGGCAUAGUCGUAUCCAUGCACCUAAGCAGAUAAUGACAAAUUAAAUGUAUUCAGUAAUUCCAGAUCAGCAUCACAAUAUCAAUCGACGUUAGACUAAUAUUUACAAGAUAUUUUCAGUGUAUUAUUAACACGUUCGCUGUUGUGCCUUUAUUUGUUAUAAGCAGGAUAGCGGCUUCUCACAACGCCUCACCUGCACAAACUACGGAUAUUCUUUUUUCUAAUACUUCAUUUUAUAAAUUUAUUUUUCACCGGAUUAUUCAUAUAAAAACUACUUGUCGUAUCGAAGGAAGAAGAUGAUUGAUGCAAGCAUAGUUUAAAUAAUGAUACAUUUAAUUUAACUCUAAUUUGAGCUUUUUUGUUCAAAUUGACAUUAGUUAUAAAUAUAACAAAAGGGGGGGGGGGGGAGAGAGAGAGUUUCUGAAAAUAAUAUAUCGAGUUAAUUACUAUAAGUAAUGUUAAAAAGUAGAAAUACAAUAUUAAAGUUAUAAUACAUAAAUUAAAAAAAAAAGAAAUGUAAUUAAUGUAAAAUUAAAUUUUGUUCUCAUUUUAUGUUUCAAAUAUUAUGAAAAUUUUUUGAACUUAUAACGAAGAAGACCCAAAUUGGAACCGAAAUGUUUAAAUAUGAUAUCAUUGUUUCAACUUUGCUUAUGUUAAUCUGUUUUUAUCCAAUUUUGUCCUUGUCACUCCGAUAUUAUUUAAAUAUCUACUUGUGAAGAAAAUAAGGAUUGCGUGUAAAAAAGAUAUUUACACGAGUUAAGUGAAUUUAAACAUGUCUUUAAAUUGAUGUAUAUUUGUUUCAAACACCCGCUAUAAAAUUACUCUUUGUCGCGAACAAAUUCUUUCAUAAGAAGUUGCUAUAGUUUCUACAUUAACUUGAUACAACCCAAUAUUUCUUUCACUCUUUCUCUUAUUAACAUAUAUGUGAGUGUUGGUUAUGCGUGACCGUAGCAUGCAAACGUAAGGAUUCAACUACAGGAACGUCUUCGUCAACAUUACUAUCGAUAUCGAUGUCGGUAGCAAAAUGCCAUAGACAAGGAUCUCUAUGACUCCGAUUUAGAACAUACGAAAAACAGUAAUAGAGAUUGAGGUAUAUUCAGUAAUCAAGAGUUUCAAAGUCUUCUUACUUCAGUACUUUGAAGAAUAGUUAACUUUAGGUAUAAUAAAAAAUUGUAAACAAAAUCAUCUUGUUUUCAGGAAAUAUACUAAAGAAAAUUGUUCAUUCUUGUAACUUUUAAAAUUAGAAAACUCCUUCAUUGCAUCUCACGUGGACUUAAUAGUGAUAGAGAUCCUCAGCCAAGAUGCCUUGCUACCAACAUUGUUAAUGUCAGUACAUUGAAAUAAAUAUUUAACAAUAACAUGUAAUAUCGUUACUUAUCAGUGCUCUAAUACCUUUGUAUUCCAUUUCUUAUUAUUAUCUAUAAGACGGCAUCAUGCUGAUCAAUGCAAUUUUUUAAUACUAAGAAUUAGAUGCUUGAUAAAUAUUACUUCUACUUCUAUUAUUCCAUUCGUUUUUAAGUUGUCAAUAAACAAAGUUUUAAUACCUACAACUUUUUCUAAGGAUAAACGUCCUUGGAAGAAGGAAAUUGUAAAUACUAAAAAGCAAAACAAAUGAGAUGUCAUUUUUGUACUAUUGAAAAGGCUAAUAGUAUUGUUUGUAGAAUGUGUUUAAAGGAUUGCAGUAACUCGAAAAAAUUAAAAUCAUUUUCAUUGACAUUGAUUUUUAAUAACUUUGUGAGUAUCAUUCAAUGACAAUAUAUCUGUAUAAAGAUAUUGUUAAUGGAUUGAUCCUUAAGAAAUAAUCCUAAAAAACUCAUGUUUGAGCUUAUUUUCUUUAGGAAAAUGCCAUUGAUUCAUCGAAUGAAAAAUGGUGUGCUCUUUAUAUUAUAUUUGCAUAACAUGGUCACAUUUAACACACUUAUGUAUGUAUUAAUAAAAAGUAGAGUGAGGCAAAUACUUAGUUCUGAAAAAAAUGCUAUACACAAUCAAGUUGGUGUGAAAACUUAAAUAUUUUUGUAAUAGAAAAAAGUUUGUGACUUAUAGAGUUCCUGUUAAACUUUUAUAUCCUUGCAAAGUAGAAUAUGUGAAAUUUUGUGACAGGUUUUUUUUAAACAAGUAUCCUUAAAAGAAGUGAUAAAUAUUUUGUCUACAUUCUGCGCAUCAUUAAUAUUUAGAGAGUUAACAGAGAUGCUACAGCGAACAUGUUAAGUGUUUAUAAUAUACAUUUUUUAAUUUUUUAAUCUAGUUUAUAAUAUAAUGCAUCUAAUGAUAAUCAUACACUAACAAUUUGUUCGAUAAUUCCAAGUAUAUCUCUAUACAUUUAUAUGUGUAUACUUCAUUUCUGUUUUAUGCAUAUCAUCCACAUAAAAUUUUGUUUAUGCAAAUGUGCAAUAAGAUGAUUAUUUAUGUAUCUAACGUAGUGUAUCGUACAUAACAUAGUGCUACGUUACGUUUAAAUGACACAUUUUAUUAACAUUACAAAUUAGCGAUAAUAUUCUUCUAGCAAAACAUUUUUUUUUAAAAAAGGUUACUAACUUUUAAACCUUACAGUGUUUGUUUAAACAAGUAAAACAAGUUUUAAUAUUCAAUUUAUGUGAAUUCUAAAGAGUUUAUAAUUCUUUUUUUAAAACAUCCUGUAUAUAUUUUCGCGAUGUUUAUACUGUAUACAGCUCUAUCUACUUUUUGUGCGUAUAAAUUUACAUAUACAUAUAAGGAUUUCGAUCCUUUUAAAUUGUUAUGAUUAGUCUGAAUGAAAUUUGUAAAACGAAACAAAUAAUUACUUGUAACAUACUAUUAUUACUAAUAAUAAUAAUAGUAAUAAUUCUAUUAUAUUUAAAUACGAAGACUAUUGGCGAAAACAAGAAUGUUCAAAAAUACUUAUUUUGUACAUCUGGUAUUGUGAUUUGGAAGUCAAAAUGGGUUGAUACUUAAAUGAGGGAAACGAACCGUAAACAUAGUGAACAAUUCUAUUAUUGAAAUUACACUAACUAAAAUAAAUGUAGUGGUAUAAAAAUAUGUAGAGAACAUUUUUUAAAGAUAUUUUUACUUGCUAGCAUGUGGACUUGUUUUCACUGGUACUUCAACAAUUAAAAUUACUUUUCACCGAUCCUUGUUUUCCUCUGACAGUCUUCGUGUGGUAUUGUCUUUUUUAAUCGCAUGUUAUUAAUUUUAAAGACGUGUAAAAAGUAACAGAAUAUAUUUUAAUGAAAAA